CGAUCGCAGUAGCAAUUGAAUCGUGCGCGCGAGUGGAUGCUAAAGCGGAAAGCAGUGCAACGUUAAACCCGUUAAUCAAACAGAAACAGUCAACAGCUCAACUAGUUGUUUUUAUUUAUACGUUUUAUUGUAAUUAUAUUUAGUUAACAGUGACGUCGCAGUUUAUAGAGCACGUGGAUGUAUCUUUAAUUGUUUCUGUCAAGUGGAGGUGUAAAUAAAAAAACGAAUAAUAAAAAAAAAAAAAGAAAUACUAAAACAGACAAACACACGGUCACAACAGGGACUCACGCACGCACAUACUCGCACAUUGCUGUUACGUACCUUUUUGAACAUCGCGUGUGGAAGGUAGAGCGAGAGAAAGAGGAAGAGUGUACGCAGUAAGAUGUCCAACAAUUUGCAAACGCUCGUGUCGCAGACACUUAUCGCAAUGGGCGCCGCACAGGUUGCUCUGCGCACGGGCAGCACGCGCUGCCUUAGCCAGACGCUGACGCGCAUUUACCGCUACCCGCCCGACUCUAACGGCCGGUGGAGUUGCCAGAGUCGACGCAAUAGGUCACGUGCCGUCGCUGCUGCGGCGCAGUUGCGCAGCGAAUUGCAGACGCAUAGCUUUAGUCAGGCCACACUUGAGGAAAUUCGCCAAGCGGCUGCGCGCAUUUGCCGUGACUAUCUAACCGGACGCUGGAAGGUGGUUACCCCAGAGCAAUUGGUGGUAAAGCGCAUCAGCGGUGGUCUCUCGAAUUUCUUGUAUUACGUCAGUUUGCCCGACUUGGAUGAUUUUGAUGAACAGCAAUUGUUGGAGGUAGAGCAGCAGCAACAGCAGACAGGAAAUGUCAACGUCAACAUUGGCAAACACGUCAUAGCCGCCUCGGCAUUUGCUAAGAAUAGCGAAAACAACAACAACAAUAAUAAUAACAAUAACAACAACAACAAUAUCAAAGAUGUGGCACCGGAGGUAACAAAAAAUCCCUCAGCCAUCACCCACGCCGAUGAUGAUGAUGACGAUGCGGCGCUGAGCGCUAAACAGGCAAAUAAAAGACGACGCUUUGAUAGCGACAGCGGCGAUAGUUUGCUGCGACGUUUGCACAGUCCCAAGCAGGAACCCCGUGAGGUGCUGCUGCGCAUCUAUGGUCAAACGCAUGGCGAUCAUGCCCUGGAGACCAUGAUAACAGAGUCUGUGGUAUUUGCCCUGCUCAGCGAACGUAACUUUGGACCGAAGCUGCAUGGCAUAUUUCCCGGUGGACGCAUUGAGCAAUAUAUACCGGCACGCACAUUGACCACCACAGAGCUGGGCGAUGCUCGUAUUUCGAUGAAGAUAGCUGAGAAAAUGGGUGAAAUACACAGCUUGAAUAUACCAAUGUCGAAGGAACCGGACUGGAUAUGGAAUUGCAUGGACCGUUGGCUGGCCAGCUUGGAUAGCAUUGUAAAGGGCAAAAUUGAAUCGAAACCGAAUUCGACAGUAUUGCAAAAGCAACGUGAACUCAUGCGAUCCAUUGACUAUGUUCGGGAAAUAGCCUGGCUAAGAUCGGUGAUAGAAGCGGGCGACUAUCCCGUUGUCUUUUGCCACAACGAUCUGCAGGAGGGCAACAUAUUAUUGAGGCAAUCAAACAAUGGAAAUGACCGUACACCCAGAGAAUCGAUAAGUAGUCUAAGAUCCAAUUUUGAUGAGACCCUGGGCGAUAGUCUGGAUGGCAACAGUAAUUUGGAUGCGGAUGACAAUAAGUCGCAUAGUGCGUCACCCUGCCCGGAAUUGGACACCACGGAUGAUUCCGCACUGGACUCGAGCUUUAUGUCCGAUCAUGAGCCAGAUCUCAUUAUCAUUGAUUUUGAAUAUUGCGCCUACAAUUAUCGUGGCUUCGAUUUGGCUAAUCAUUUCAUUGAGUGGACCUUCGACUACACCAAUCCUCAAUUCCCAUACUUUCACCACUACAAACAUCAAUACGCACCGGUGCAGCAACGUCGUGAUUUUAUCGUCAACUAUUUGAAGAAAUAUCACGAUGAUGAGCACUACGAGCCCCAUAUGGAGGAGCUCGAUGCGGUCGAUGCCGAAAUACAACUAUUUACAAUGCUCUCUCAUCUAUUCUGGAGCCUCUGGUCUGUGGUGAAUGUUACGUCAGCCAUUGAGUUUGGUUAUUGGGAAUAUGGCAUCGCACGCAUACUGGAGUACCAGCAGUUGAAGUCCGCCUAUUUGGGAAAAUGAAUUAUCGGGACUUGAGGAUUAACUUUAAGGCAAAACUAUCAGCGCACUUAAUUGAAUCAUUAAGAGUACUUAAGUGGCCUUAAUAUUAAAACACCUACAAUAACUAAAACAAAUUACUAAAAAGAAAAACAAACAAACACCAACUAAGAAAAACAUUUAGUCAGGAGUUACUAAAUUAUUCUAGCUUAGUUAAUGCAAGCAUACACUACUAUACACUAUGUGCAUAUGAGCUAAAUGACUAGAAAUGAGCAGAUCUUAUACUGACUAUGGAUAUGCUGAUAUAUGCAUAUAUGUAUCUAUCUAUGUAUACAUAUAUACAUGAUUUGUGCUGUGCAUGGCAUGUUUAUAUAUUUUGUAUAUUAUUAAAUUUUUAAUCAUUUAACGCUGAGAAGAAAAGUCAAAAUGUAACAAUUGCAGCUGUGAUUAUUGCGUGAGUUAGGCAGAAAACAAUAAUUAAUUCGCUCAUUUAGGGAUUUUGAGUAAAGUUUUGGUUAAAGUAUUAAGACAGCACUAACUAACACAACUAGCUAAUUCGCAUACACUCUCCUUACUCAGCUCGAUUCACACUACACACUCACACACAUACACCUCCCACAGAGUUACUCUUAGCAAUUUAUUCGAGUUUAUUUCACGUUCGAAUUUCUGUUCAGCAACAUUUUCAUCGAAAUUCACUUUUUGGUUUCCUUUGAAGUAUUAUUUUUGCUUUCCACUGCAUAUAACACCUAAAUCGAUUGUAUUCUUUCAACCUGAUGCGCAACAUCUAUAGCGCAGAAAUAAUUAACAAAUCAGCAAAUAAUAAA